AUGCCACAGAAUGCAGCAGCAGUGCUGUCGGAGGCCCUGGGGCCCAACUCUGCAAUGCCGUAUGCCCAAGAGUUCAAGUUCCUGGUGCAGCAGCACAUGACAGACCUGGUCACGGACCUGCCCUCCCUGCAUGUCAAGUCCCGAAACUACGUGCACACCGAUGGCAGGACCGUGCAGCUGCUGCUGGCAGAGGGCACCUUGCCCAUGUACUACCAGGCACACAAGUACAACAUCCCUGUGGCUAUCUGGCUGCCUGAGCAGUACCCGCUGGCUGCGCCCAUGGCCUAUGUGGUGCCCACCCCCGACAUGGUCAUCAAGCCACGCCACAGCUUUGUGGAUGCCUCAGGGCUGGUGCACACUCCGUACAUCGGGCAGUGGCAGUACCCAUCCUCCAACCUGCGAGACAUGGCACAGGUCUGCUGA